AUGCUAAUUGGUCUUCAACUAAUCUUCAUCGACGAGAAGAUAUUCAAUUUCGAUUCCUUGAGCUUAAACCUUGUUUGGGUUGCAAGAAGACCACCUGGUUACGCUUUUCUUGAUUUUGAAGACUCAAGGGACGACCGCGACGCCAUCCGUGACUUAGAUGGCAAGAAUGGAUGGAGAGUAGAGCAGUCUCAUAACCGUGGCGGUGGUGAAGGCCAUGGUGGUGGUCGUGGAGGAGGUGAUGGUGGUCGUGGCAGUGUUUCGGUUGCAAGAAGACCACCUGGUUAUGCUUUUCUUGAUUUAGAAGACUCAAGGGACGCCCGCGACGCCAUCCGUGACUUAGAUGGCAAGAAUGGAUGGAGAGUAGAGCAGUCUCAUAACCGUGGCGGUGGUCGUGGAGGAGGUGAUGGUGGUCGUGGCCGUGGUGGUUCUGAUUUGAAGUGCUAUGAGUGUGGCGAGUCUGGUCACUUUGCAUGUGAAUGCCGCUCCUGUGGUGGUGGUGGCGGCUUUAGGAGGGGUCGAAGUCCUUCUCCUCGUGGUCGCAGCCGUAGCCGAAGUCCUCCAAGAUACAGAAAGAGCCCAACCUAUGGAGGGCACAGGUCAUAUUCAAGGUACCACGACAUACCCUCAGCUACCACUGGUGCUACAAUUGGUUACUUGAUAAAAAUUAAAACUCCUCUUUAAGUCUUUUCUGGCUAAUAAACUUUUCUCUCUUUUCUUGGGGCUAAAUUAUGAAGUGUUGACAUAUUCUUUCAAUAUGUUUUGAACUUCUAGCAUUAGACAUCAUGGGGAUUUCGUUGUAUAGGCCGCGACGUUUUACUUUAUCACUUUUAUUGGGUCGAAGACCUACCCCUAUCGGUAGGUUCUUGAUGGGUUUCGAACUGGUUAUAAUAAUCAAAAUAAUCAAGAAACAAGAGUUUUUCGUAAGAGAACUUUGCAGAAUCCUUUUAAAAACUAGAUUUUAUACUCAAUCUUUAUUAAUAAUUAAUUUAAUUUUAUAAUAACUUUUAAACUAAUUAUUUAAUUGAUUUGUAUAAUUUUUUAUAUGAAAUAUGAUUUGUUUAUUUGUUGUUUAUAUUAUUUAUGUUUAUUUUUAACUAUACCUUCUUAUUAGCUAUUUAGUUAUUAAAUGUAAUAAUUAUGUUUAUAAACAUAUUCAUAAUUUUUGAAAAAUAUUAAUUUAUAUUUUAAAAUAUUAUAUAAAUUGCUUGAUCCAUGUAAACUGUUAAUUCAUUAUAAUAUUUAAUCAUACAUUUUACAUAUAUUUUAUUUGAAUAAUAUAAACGAUUGAAUUAUAUGCAUAAUAUUUAAUUUUUCUUUGUAGUCAGAAAAACUUUACAAUUAAUUUGCAAAAUAUAUAUAUAUAUUUGUAUUUUAAAUAUUAUAUUAAAUUUUUUGAUGCAUGUAAACUGUUAAUACAUUAUAAUAUUUUAUCAUACAUUUAACAUAUAUUUUAUUUGAAUAAUAUAAACGAUUGAACUAUAUGCAUAAUAUUUAAUUUUGCUUUUAUACAAAAUGUAAAAUUUAAAUAAAAACUAAACUAUUAUUAAAGUAUUAAUAUUUUUAUUACUAAGAAAGAGGUGGCUAUUUUGGAGAUGGUCUAAAACCAACCCUUUUUCUUUUAAUGUUAAAUUUAGUGUUUUUUUUUCUCUAACCAAACUCUGAAAAUGACAGUAUUAUAGUGUGAUUUCUUCUUUUUUUUUUGUUUGCUACAGUGUCAUGCUAUAUUUGGUGAUAUAUAUAGCAACGGCAAAACUCCUUUAUUCCAAACUGUUAUUCUUUUGUUAAAUCAAAUUUGUUUAUUUAAGUAUUGUUUAACUAUAGAUAAUUACAUUUGAUUUAUAUUACCUUUUAUAAUUGCAUCAGUUAUUUUAAAUAAAAAUAAAAAUAAAAAUUAUUUUGUUUAAGU